AUGUUAAAAGCUAGGUGUGGUUUAAUAGCGCUACCUUUUACACUAUCCAAGCUAACGGUCAGUAAUAGCUUCAGUUACUUCCACAUCUCAAAUCCGUUUUCUAUCCCAAAGAUCCGCUUUAUCCUCAUCCAGAACCGAGCAGGGAAGACACAACUGGCUAAAUGGUACAUGCAGUUCGAUGAUGACGAAAAGCAGAAACUGAUCGAAGAAGUGCAUGCUGUGGUUACACUCAGGGAUGCCAAGCACACCAUCUUUGUGGAGUUCAGGAACUUCAAGAUCAUUUACCGACGUUAUGCAGGCCUGUACUUCUGUAUUUGUGUGGAUGUGACUGAUAACAACCUGGCAUACCUCUUUACACAAGCUGGUUCACAAAGAACAUUGCUAAGGUGGUUCAAAAUGCCUGAGCUCGGCUUCUGA